AUGCUGCGAACCAUCGCAAGGCACGGAUGGAGAUCGCGAUCGAGUAAACCCGCUCCAAGCACGCUCGUAAACAAACCCGGAGCUGGCUUUAGCUUUGAACUUACCGACGAACAAAAAGAAUUUCAGGCUACCGCUCGUAAAUUUGCCGUGGAGGAAAUUAUGCCCGUUGCUGCACAAUACGACAAAACCGGGGAGUAUCCUCUUCCGCUCAUCAAACGGGCUUGGGAACUUGGUCUCAUAAAUUCCCACAUACCAGAAAGCUGUGGCGGACUCGGCCUCGGCACCUUCGACGCGUGCCUCAUCACGGAGGAGCUGGCUUACGGCUGCACGGGCGUGCAAACGGCCAUCGAGGCCAACUCCCUUGGGCAAAUGCCGGUCAUCAUCGCAGGAAAUGAGCAGCAGCAGAAAAAAUACUUGGGCAGAAUGACAGAGGAACCGAUGAUGUGUGCUUACUGCGUAACGGAGCCUGGAGCAGGCUCUGAUGUGGCCGGUAUAAAAACAAAGGCGGAGAAGAAAGGAGACGAGUACGUCAUUAAUGGCCAGAAGAUGUGGAUCACGAACGGUGGGAAAGCAAACUG